AUGACGAUGACUUCCUGGACAAUCAAGACGUUCAUAUUACUUUCCCAAGUGAUCAUUGUAGAUGGUCAGUUUGCAUGUUCUGCAAAUCCCGCUUGCAGUGGACUUGUGGGAGACUGCUGUCCUACUCCAAACGGAAUUUCUCUAACUUGUUGUGAAGGAUCGGGCGUAAUAAGUGAAGCUUGUGUGGAGAAUGCGAGUUGCAAUGCAUUGGGAUUGACAGGUUCUUGUUGUCCCACUGCUGAAGGGGUAUUUUUGGAUUGCUGCUCUGGGGACACUCCUGCUGACACUCCUAUGGGUAGUAGUGCUGAUAACGCUGCGCCGCAAUGUUCGGCACACGCUGCGUGCUCGGGUCUUUCUGGGGAAUGCUGUCCAACGCAAGAUGGUGUCUUUUUGGAAUGCUGCUACUCUGAUGUCGCUCUUCCUGUGGCUGCCUGUGACGCUUAUCCGGCAUGUCAGGCAGCUGGUCUGACAGGGCUGUGCUGUGCUACUGCUGAAGGAGUUUAUCUCGAAUGUUGCGACGGAAUGGCGCAGCAAGCUACGCAAUGUUCGGCACAUGCAAGUUGUAGUGGACUCUUGGGAGAAUGUUGCCCUACUACUGACGGCGUCUUUCUCGACUGCUGCAACGGUGGCGGUGGUGGCGGCAACGACGGGUCACAGUCCCAGACACGCGAGUGCUCCGCCAACUCAGAGUGUGCUGCUCUUGGAUUAGAAGGAAACUGUUGCCCGCCCGAUUUUGGAUCAAAGAAUCUCGAGUGCUGCCAUGGACAGCAAGCAGUAUCGACACCUUCCAUUGGACAGCUCUGCUCGGAGAACUCUGCGUGUGCAGCUCUUGGUCUAGAAGGAACUUGCUGUCCAACAGUCCACGGAGUAGAGCUGCACUGUUGUAACAGUAUCGCAUCUUCACGAUCUUUACCACCUGUGAAUCCACCAAUCACAAUCAAAUACGUGACUGGGAUGCCGAUUUCGACGCCAAAGCCUAGUUUGCCAUCAACACCUGCACCUAGUACAUCAUCGCCCAUUUCAGUGUCAUCGCCGCUGACAGUUGCACCUCCAAUCGCAGUGACCACUCUAGAGCUUUCGGAUCCAAAUAGCGACCAAGACGGAAAUCAACCAGCACAACUAAACAAAGAAGUUGAGGAUUCUAUAUCUUCUGUCAAUCAGUUGGUUGGACAGCAAUCGUCGUCUUCGCUUGGGAAGUAUAGAAAUAUCCGGCAAAGCUUUGGAGUUCUAAUGUUCGUUGCCGUUGCACGUUUGCUCUAA